UUUAUAUUCAAAGGAAGAGAAAAAAUAUUUUUCAAGAUUAUCUAAUCACUUUAAAGAAGCAAAGAAAUCAACUUUGUCAAAAAAAAGGGGAAAAAAGGGCUCAUAUCUUCCCACCUUUAGUAUUUGAUGAUACAAAGCUGACUCAUGCAGCUAAAAAGUUGCUCUUUUUCGGUUAUAUAUAGUGUCGAAAACAUGCGAGUUUCAGGCAACGAACAACGAAUACCCUAAAGCGUUUGCAAGCAAUGGAAGCGAAACAUAUCAGAGCGAGGUUUGGGAAGACGAGCAUGGUUAAGGAGCACUCUUUGGGGGUUCCGAUCAGCUCAUCAAAGUAUGCAUUCGCGUAUAAGAACAGUUCGAAGGAGCUUUUACUUUUACCUGAUCCUGUUGCACAGUACCAGCUGCUGCCUUCUCCGGCCAAUCAUUAUUCCAAGAUACGAACUGAUAGAGGGAAUUCAGUGAUUGCAAAGAUGAUCAAGCUCGGAAAAGCCAUGGAUGUCGUUGCUCAAGGAAUCAGAGAGCACGUGAGACUAGGGCCGAAGCUGAGCGAAACGGUUAAAGGAAAACUGAGUUUAGGCGCGAGGAUCUUGCAGGUGGGUGGAGUCGAGAAAGUAUUCAAGCAUAAAUUCAACGUAACAGAUGACGAGAAGCUGUUGAAGGCUUCCCAAUGCUAUCUAUCAACAACAGCAGGGCCAAUAGCAGGACUCCUCUAUGUUUCCACUGAAAGAGUCGCCUUCUGCAGCGAGAGAUCCAUCAGAAUCUCGUCUCCGAAUGGAAAGCAGCUAAAAGCACAUUACAAGGUCAUGAUCCCUCUACGGAAACUAAAGAGAGCCCACGAAAGUGAGAAUGCGAAGAAACCAGCAGAGAAAUACGUGCAUCUGGUAACAGGGGACAAUUUCGAUUUCUGGUUCAUGGGAUUUCUGAACCAUCAAAGAACAUUAAAGUAUCUGCAACAAGCAAUCCAUCAAGCAAGAUGAGAGUUGAGACACAUGAUUCUUCAUUUUAUAGCAUAUGAUCUUCUUGCUUUUACCGAGUAUUUGUUAUUUCUUCGUUCUAUUCCUCGUCUUAGGAUGUGUAGAUGUUAAUCAGAGGAAUACUUAUCCUGUACAAUUUUGUAAAAAGAUUCAAUCUAGUAGCGGUGAUCAAAUUCACUACCUGUGAAGGAUUA